AUGCAACGGUAUUAAAGUGUCUACUGGUAGAGAUUUUGCUAUACCGUUUAUACCGGGGAGAGAGAGAGAGAGAGAGAGCAGAUGCCUGUUGCAUCUCUCUGACUCAGUGUGUAGUUGUCUGCCGGAGUGCGUCCGUUUGGGUGCGUUUCCGUAUAUUCGCCAGCGUGUUGUGCGGAGUUUGUCAGGUUUGGGUGCGCUCCCUAUAAUCACCAGCGUGUCCAGCAGACUGCUUGGCAUAGUUUUGACGAAGAAGAAACAGCUUCACUGGUGGUGGUCAUGGCGGACGCAGAGAUUAGUGGCAGUACCGAGCAAACGGAGGCAGCUCUACCCACCCAACAUGAGUAAGAGAAGGAGGAACUCGUUCCGAAAAAAGGCGCGAGUCGCGACAUUGGUUGUCUGGAGAUUCUUUGGAUUUAAAAAUCCAACAAUGAUCAAAAAACAAUACAAUGCAAAAAGUGUCAUGUGGCUGUCGUUGCUGGAGGUGGAAACACCAGCAACCUCUUCCACGACCUUAAGAUGAAACACGCCAAUCUCUACUAUGAGAGCCAAAAGAUGCGUAGCGCACCUGCUGCACCAAAAACUAAAGUUGCAGCAGCUCCUCUCAGAAAAAAGAGCUUUCAGAGUCUUUCGACAAAGAUUCGCCAUAUGAUAAAAAAUUGCCAGACUGGUCUGACAUUUUGUUUGCGUUUGUUUACAAAUACGAGUUUAAAAAUAAAAGGAAAAUGAGCAAAUGCGACAGUAUGGUUAUUUUGAAGCCAUAAAUUGAAUUUACAGGGGAAAAAUAUGCUGCUUCUGUGAUAUGAAAUUACUUAUACUGUGAUAUAAGAUUUUGUUCAUACCCCCCAACACUAAUUCUCAUCUAUCGAGAGCAGUUCUGUCUCCGAACACCAGACUGUUUGAUCACAUUGAUUAUUUUACAUAUUAACUGUUUUAUGUUCAUUUUAAUCAAGCUAAUGUAGACUUACUAUCAUUAUCAUCAAACCAGGUUCAACAAUGUUGUCCAGCCUGACUCACACAGGAAAGACAAGCUGGUUUUGUCAUAUAAAUAUAUUGUGGAAUAGUGAGUGCUUGUUGUUACCAUACAGGAUGUUUUUGACAGUGAGGUCACCAUUCCUCUAUGUGAUGUUGACGGUGCUGUGAUUUGUAAGAUACCAUUUUUUAGUCCAGUCAUGUGGAGGAGGAACCCCUUCAUUUCAUUGAGGAAACUGUUGCAACAGCCAUCAAAGCAAUAAUGUGUAACAGCAGCUCAUUUCAUCCUCCUUGUGAUUUUAAGAUAUUUUAGGAAGCUUUUUUUUUUUUUCGGAUUAUCAGCUGUAGCACCAUCAUUUUUCUAUGUCUGAUCUUUUAUUUAUAUUUUUCUGUCUUGUCCUUUUGAUUCCUUGGUAACUUAAAUGUUUUUUGUGUUUUCAAAGUAAGGAUUUGUGUUGGAAAAGCUUUUUGAGAGGUAAAAAAAAUGGAUCUUUACAUAUGUAAGCACAACUGCAGUACACUGUUUUUUCACACUCUUAUAAACACACAUACACACACGCACAGACAUGCGCUCAAAGUAUCACAAGUCCAGAUGGGAGUGGAAAGAAUCAAUACAAAGACAGUGGGUCUGGUUGAUAUCUCUGCUGAAUGAGUAUCUCUCUUUCUCUCUGCUUUCUCUCUCUCUCUCUCUUUCUCUCUCUCUUUCUGUCGGCCUUGUUUUUCUCUUCUGCUACCUUUCCCUAUUUCUCUCCCUCUGUCUGUUUUUCUGUGGCUUCCCUUUUUUCACCCUUUUCUUCUUUCCUUUUCCCUCUCAUUCUUUUUUCUGCCCGCAUGAAAAAACACACACAGACACACACACAAUACACGUACACACACACAGACACACACAACACACACACACACACACAAAGUAAUGAACAUUUCAAAAUCCAAAGCACGAUCUUUCAAUGGCCUACUUUUUUAGAGCCUCCAAUGUCAUGCAAGUAAAAAGUAAACUCACAGAAGCAAUAUUGAGAUCUGUGGGAGCAAAAGUAGUCCAGAAUUUGUACAGGCAGGAUCAGUUUGGCUCUUCUAAGCGAGGCGGUUUGGGCAUGGAUUUAGUCUGAAGAAGAUAAUCUUGCUGGGCCAUUCUGGGCUCACACAGGUGGCUGUGUUUGAGCUCCUUUGGGUAACAGCACUCUCCUUAUGAGGUUCCAGGAGUCAGAGCUUUCAAUGCGGAUUGUAAAUGUGAUCAGUUUCAUCAUCGUUCUGGACGUCACAGUUAACCCGAACUUCCUAUAAAACUGGAUUCAUGUUUUUUUGCAUGAUUCAUUAAAUGCUUGAAAUCCUGACAAUGCUGAAACGGUGAGCUGACAUUUAAGGCGUGUUCUUACCUUUUCAUGAGACUUUUUUUUUUUAACCUUAAAGAACAUUAGACCGCUGAAUUGUACCAGUGAUGUUUAAUUCUAGGGCUGAUUGAUACAGAGAAACAGUAUGAACUGCUCAAUUUCAUUUUAAGACUUUAAGGCUUCUUUGAAACAUGAGGUGAUUUCUACUUUCUGCAGACUGAAAUGAACGAUAAGAAUCCAAAAGACCAUGACUUUUUCAGUUUUCUGAGCAGAAGGUUUCUAAUGUAAUAAACACCCCCAUUUCUGAACUUAAAUUCAUUAAGACACAGCGUUUGUAUAGCUGUCAUCAGGGCUGCACAAUAAAUCACAAUUUUACUGUCAAGGGAGUAUGAGCUCUCAGAAUAUGCAUAUUGCAGAAGUUUUAUUUUAUUGCAGCAAAAAGUGAAAAUCAUAUGAACCAAAGCAUUUUUGUUAAUCGCCAUGGUAUGAUAUCCAUGCUUUCAUCUCAAGGCAGUCAGAUGAAGUUCAAGUUAGCGAUAAGCUACCCUCAGAAUAAUUAGUGCCUAUUUGGUCGUGAUUAAAAAACACCAAUGAAUUUAUUCUGGUGGGAAAAGUUGUGAACAAAAGUCUAGUGUAAAACUUGCAAACAGUUAUAAACAGAAAGGCUUUAAUUUAUUCUUCAUAUGCACUCUAUUUGUAGUAGGGCUGUCCCAAUACAACUUUUUGACUUCGGAUUCGAUACCGUUAUUGUAGCCUCCAGUAUUGACCGAUACCGAUAUUGGUACAAAAUUGUGCAUGACAAGUUUUUCACUGAGCUGCAAUGUCAUUUUCGGACUUCAACCAAAAAUAGGUUGUUAGUACCUUAGUACACACUGUCGUUGUGAUUUUGUGGACUCAGCUUGCUUGAUCAGGGCGCUGCUAGAUAGAGGUGCCGGAGAAGAGUCUGUAAUGGAUUGCUUGUAUCGGAGUGCUGAUAGCGGAGAUUUUAGAUGCAGGCUGAUAUAAUCCGAUCUUCGUUUUUUUAUUUUUUUGCUGAUAUCGGACAAAUUUCUGAUAUCAAUAUCGUAUCGAGAUUCGGGACACCCCUAAUUUGUAGUUACUUCAGGGAUCUUUCUGCCUUUCUUGGAUUGGACAGCUGAAGUGUGCAAGGGGAUGUAGGGAGAGGAGAAUUGGGGUCGACAUGCAGGGGAGUUAAACCAGCAACUGCACUGACAAGAACUGUGGCCUCAAAACAUUGGCUGUACACUGGGCUAAACCAGUGCCUCAUGCGCCCUUGUUUAUAGCAUUUCAUAUUAUUAUUGCAAUAGUGAGCACUGUUAUUGCAUAUUGUUGUUAGCCUAUCUGCUAUCGUCCCUGAGUCUGGGUGUAUUUUCUAGUGUUGUUUUGGUGUCUGAUCUAAAACUCAGUUAUCUUCUCAGUAACAGUUUCAUGUCCAGCCAAUCUGGGGCACCAAGUUAGCCCAGCAGUUAAUUUGUGUGCCUAAUGUGUGGAGGCUAUCGUCCUCAAAGUGGGUGGCCCUGGUUUGAUUUCAAUCUGCAGCAUAUCAUUCCCUACUCUCCUUUCAAGUUUCUUACUCCAUGACUUCCCUGUUCCCUUAAAAGCCCCCUAAUUAAUGUAAAAAUAGGAGUUUGAUGAGAUUUUUGUUGAGUAUAUGUUGUUAUUCUGUUAUCCUGUUAUUCCCUGUUGAGCUUGUAUUGGAUCAGACUUGAAAAAGAUUGAAUGUUUCUUACAUUUUUGUAAAAGUGAGCUUUGUAAAAAAAUGUUUAAAAGCUAAAACACAUGACAGGAUGCUUCUUAAUUAUUAAUCUCAUUGUGUUCAAGAUGAUUCGAUAAACCAUAAUUGACAAACAAACCCACUAAAGAGCUGUUCAAGUAAUCCUUGUCUAGUUGCUGUGUGUUUGUUUUGUUUUUCAUUUGCUUAUACGAAGGGGCUAACUGCAGUAGGUAUUGAUCCAUUAGGUGGCCAUCAGCUUAUUGAUUAGACUCUGACCUGAUUGAUGUGAAGUUUGGCCAGUAGGCUGAUUGAUUAAAUGAUAAUUACAAAUUUGUGUGUGUGUGUGUUUGUGUGUGUGUUUUUGCAGGCGCGGCUGUGGAAGGAAAAGGAAAGGGACACCCGUGAAAGUCUUUGUUACACACACCGAAGAGGAGAGUGUGCCUGAACACAGCUUCAGCCAAGGUCUGUGUGUGUGUGUGUGUGUGUGUGUGUGUGUGUGUGUGUGUGUGUGUGUGCAUCUGUCUGCGUGUCUGUGUGAUUGGUAUGGGGGAGGAGCAUGUGCAAGUGAGUGUGACCUACUUUUGUGUGUGUGUGUGUGUGUGUGUGUGUGUGUGUGUGUGUGUGAGUGUGUGUGUUUGUCUCUGUGUGUGUGAGUGAGUGAAUGUGUGUGUGUGCUUAUCCAUACAUGUGCUGUGUUUUGCACCUGUGUAUGUGCUCCAGGAGAUGAGGUGAUGACCUUUGAAUGAGUCUGUGUGUUUGUGUUAGUGUGUGUAUUUGUGUUAGUGUGUGUUGCCCUUAGUGUCUGUGUAUUAAUGUCUGUUUGUGUGUGUGUGUGGCUCUACAUACGUGUAUGUAAUCCUUUUAUACGGACUGUUGCUGUGUGCUCUCAGGUGAUCGAAAGGAAGCAGUUGAGAGCAAACGACCCACGCUGGACGGGCCUUUCUACAACACAGAGUCUGCACCGCACAACUGGUGAGAGUACACACAAGUUAAACAUUUGUACUACACACUGCAAUAGACACCAGUGUAAUUAAAAAUGAUCCAUUACACUUCUGAGUCCUGGUCCAGUGGUCCAGUCAUUCUAAGCCAUUUAGUCACACUGAUAUGUACCUGAGAGAGCUGUAGACUUGUUAGUAAGAUGAGAGACCAGCUGCACUUUGAGAACUGAGAUCUAAAAUCACUGCCAUGUAGCAGCGGCUUGAGCUUGUGUGUGUAGAUUGGUACUGUUUGCCUACUGCUCAUACAACUGUAUCUCUACAACUUAGAUAUGAACCUCACAGAUAAAACACCAAUUUAUAAUUUCAACUAUUAUUGCCUUAUGGGAAAAAAAGAUACCAAAUCAAUUUAACAUAAUUUCUUAUUCAAUCAAAACUGAUCAUCUGAAAACUUUUUUUUAGUAGACAGAUGCCCCCCCCCAAAAAAAAAAUAAAUAAAUAAAAAUAAAAAAUAAAGUAAAAAAAUAUUUUUUUGUUAAUAUAAUUUAAUUUUGCUGGAGACUGACUGAUAUAAUGGAGUAAAAUAGAAGGGGUAGGUUUAAAAAUAAAAGCAUAAUGCCUCAUCUUACUGCUGUUUGGACAUGUUGGGUUCACAUUAUUAUUAUUAUUAGUUGUUGUUUUUCAUUUUAUCUUAUUUUAUUUUUACUUUUUUGCUUUGAUUAUUGUUAUUGUUGUUUUAAAUAUUCUCACUAGUUGUUGGUUUGUUUUCAGUUUACCUUUGGUGUUGUACGCACAUGUUCGUAAAUAAACAAACAAACAAACAAAUAAAUAAAUAAAUACUAUCUACAGAUAUUAUCCAAAGACUAUAACAGAUUCAACUCUUACCUCAUAAUUACAGUGGUCCCUCAGAGCAGACACAUGGCAAAGUCUCCUCUGGAUCCAAGUCCAGCUUCUGCUCAGCCUCCACACCAGCUCCUCCUGCUUCCUCAGCCCCCACCCCAACACCAGUCCCUGCUCCCGCUCCGACCACUGUGACCUCAUCCCAGGCCCCGACUCUGACUCCUGCGUCCACGGCUCCAGCCGCCCCGACAGCAUCUGCUCCAGCCCCGACGGCAAGCUCCUUUCCCCCCUCCCCCAACUGCCGCAUCAGAGAGGUUCACUGUGGCAGCCAGGUGAGGCUGGUCGUCAUCGCCAUUCGAGACAUCUCUAAGGGAGAGGAGAUCACUGUGGACUACAGCCUGACAGAGUGGGGCGAGAACCUGGUCAGUACCUUCAAAUAAUAGAUCGACACUGUCUUUAUACUUGAGAGCAUCUACUAAGUCCACGCUUUUAUAUUUUCAGAACAGCCAGAUUGUAGAAAAUGAGAAAAUUUGUGCAAAAAAUUAAAGAAUAAAAAGUCAAAACUUGUUAUCAAAAAUUUAGGGAGAAGGGCUUCAUGCUGGAUUCUCUAUCCUGCAUCAGCACCUCUGACUAGAUGUUAACGGACAUCAGUAUCUUUAGGAUGUGACGGUUUUAUGUAUUAUCUUAUUUUGUUGUUGAAUUACAAUCCAGUCACUUAUCCAGUCACUUUAUCCCUAAAAUCUCUUGUUAUUUGUGGUGGCAAAAACAAAAAAAUCCUGUAACUUUUCCACAGUGUCCUUUCUACAUGUCGUAUAUGAGCAACGUCACAAUACACGCAGACUUCCCCCAAAAAUGAUCUAGAGCAUCAAAGUUGAUUGUUGUUUAUUUAGGAGAAAACUAGAUAAAAUAAAUAAAAAAACAAAUGUUUAUCCAAAUAACUUAAAAACCCUUCAUUUAACGGAUUGCUGCAAAAGCUAAUCAAUCACAGCUCAUCCCGCGGUCAAUGACUGUGACCUGUCUUGUCGUCUCACAUCAGCCGCUCAUAUUUAUAGACGGGCGCCCUCAUCCCCUGCGGAGGGCCCAAAAGAGAAGAAAAGUGAAAGCAAAUAAAAAUAAACUCAAAUGUGGCCCUCACUCUAUUUCUUACCCCUUCAUUUGUUUCUCUGUGAUGACUUCAUCCUCAUAAGCAUAGAAAAACACUCACACACAUCACAUAUAGCUGAUAACUCCAGAUAGGCAACCAUAUGUGCGUUUGCACACUGUUGAGCAGCUUCACACACGUAUUCACACUAGCCUCUGUGCACACAUUCAUGCUACACACAGACACACACACACAGACACACACACACCCACAGAGAGCUAAGGGAGGCAUGGGGUUACCAUGGUGAUGGCAGAGCUCCAGCUCCCUCUCUACCUAUAGUGCUUUAGCAACGGUAACUGUGGUUCUUACAAGACAUCUGUUUCUUUAAUGGAGCUCAUUAAAUUGUCCAGUUUACUUAAUACAAAAUAAAAACCCCACCUACAAAAAUAAAAUCUACAUUUCUGAGAAAUUAUUAAAUUGACAUGAGGCGUUUGAGAGGGAACAAAGCCUUUAAAGGUAUAUUUUUUGUAUAUAUAUCCAAUGAAACCUUUAAACAGAUAUUUAUUUUGUUUCUUUUCCAGUCUGAUUGAUUACCCUCUGUGUCUAGAAAGCACGAUUUUUGGGUAUUGAUUUGUUUCGCUUGUUGCGAAGGUUCGAAAUCCUGAUCAACCCGUGUGCCAAGGACUGCUUAUAGAGGGGAGUCAUGGCGAUUUUAGAUAGAUGACUGGUGAUGAUUGUGACGGCAAACAAUAAUGAGCUGUGUGCCAGGUUUUAAUGUGGCUGCUUUGUCUCCCGCAGGGUUUACGGGGUACUGUGUCGCCAGCACAACAUGACUGUAACUCUGACACUGAGACGGGCAGCAAUAUCAAAAAGGUGAGAGAGAAGCAACUCCGAAGUAAAAAUCUUACAAUAAUUGAACCUUUUUACUUCAACAAUGAUUUUAAUUAUCCCACAACUUUAUGUUCAAUGUCACAACAUCCUGAAUUACUUCCCCUCCAUAUUAACAAGAUACUGAAUGAACUUUGGUUUCAUCGUCAGCACCCAUAGAUGCAGCUUCACUGAUUACAACAAUUACAAUGGGCAGUAAUGAAAGCACAUAGUCUAUUCUUUACACUGUGCCUGAAAUCAACCUAGCACUAAAUGCUAACUUCACAGAACUUCAGAGAAGUUUUGGUUUCAGUGAUAUCUGUCGCUGGGAGUAACUGAAAUGAUGAAAUUCACACUUUUUUUUCACUGUCCAAGGGUAUCUGUUAAAAACAUAAAUGCCACAGGCCAGUCUUUAGGAGUCUUUUUUGUAAAAAAAUAAAAUAAAUAUAUAUAUAUUUUUUUUUUAAAGAUGAAUUCUUACCUUUUUUUCUAUAGUGAGUUUUGACAUUUUUCUUAACCAAGCGUAUCGAUUUUCAGCUUUUUUCAAACCCAAAAUUUUACGUUUUUUUUUUGAUAUUCUGACCUCCUCUCUUCAAAAGCAUAAUGACAAAACCUCCCAUAAUUAUUAUACUUACCACUGAUCUUAGUACUCCUCUAUACAUAUGUACCCCUUGAUACUCUCAUAUGUUUCCCACAAGUUUUGCCACUGUAAUAUUUAAAACCGCCUCUGACUCGGUGCGGUGCCGCUAGGAUAACAGCAAGCAAAUGUUUCUGUUAUUGUGAUGUACUGCUGUGCCUGCGGGCUGCCACCUGCCUGGAUGUGGGUGGACAAUUCAAUUUUGGACUCAACAUAAUCAUUACCAUUAAAUCUUCCCAUCCUCACUCUGAUAGCAGUUUAUUAUUAUGUGUAGUUUUCAGAAAUCCCUGUUAAGAGUUUAACUCCUUACUGGUGAAAUAAGUGACUCCACCUGAACAGGCUCAUGGUGUCGACUCUCAGCCUUCAUUUCGGUUGUGGGAGACGCUGCGGCAUCACUGAUCGCUGGUGUGCAGCCAUUUAACUGUCAACUGUCUUAACAAAGAUUUAUAUAUUUUUAUUGGUGACAAAUAAUGACUCUUGACUGUGAAACUUUGACACAACAGGGCAUCAAUGUCAGUAUUAAUGGUCCAAUUGCGCUAUGAUGAGACCAUGGUGCUUAUAUUUAUUGAGUCAUUUAUCGUGGUGUGAAAGGAGUCAGCAUUGGGCAGAAACAUUGACCCCUGUAGUUCAGAAAAAGUCCUUUUUAGUAUAUUGAGCCUUAAAACCUUUUAACACUCAACGACUUGCUCGUUUUAAACUUGUUUUAAAUAAACUCAUAAUAGAACAAAACAAAGAAAACAAAAUCAAUCUGGGAAAUGAUCAUUUAUAAGUUUAGUAUUAUCAAAAAAUGUCAGAAUGUACCAGCAAUUGCUCAAAUACUUCCAAAAUUGUCUAACCCUUUUGGGCUCUUAGGACAUUUUUGUCCUUUCAUUUGUUGAUCAUUUUGGCUGCGUUAAUGCAAAAGGGAGGAUUUUUUUUCAGGGUUUUUUUUUUUUUUCUUUCCAAAUUUUAAAAUGUGACCACCCAUUAUCAUAUCAGGUCAAUAUUCACUGUGUGACAAAAACACUAUACGUUUAGGUCCUUAGAUGGACAUUUUUGUCCAUCCAACACAAUGUUACAUCCAACACAAAAAUGCAUCAAAAUUAAUGUUUUUGUUACUUAUUGGCACAUCAUAGACCUUGAUUAAAAAAAAAAAUUCCUGUCCAGCAUGUUAUAUAUGAAAGAUAAUCCAAAUUCCUUAUUUUGCUAUUGAAAAAAACAGUGACAUCAUAUAGUGAAACUGGCAUUUAAAGGGUUAAAAUUCUGAAAAUGAAAUAAUAUUUGAUAGAUAUGUUCAGGACUGAAGUUGAUUAAAAGAUUUAAGCAAAAAAAGUGGAAAAAAUAUCAAUGUUUGAUAUUUUUAUAGCACUCUUAGGAGAUGGACAUUUUUGUCCAUUUAAGGACCUAAAUGUAACUUUUUUAAAGGAGGGUUAAGUAACAAAUGUCUUCUUGGACAGCAGGUGAAAAUUUUAUUUAUUUAUUUUUUUAACUUCAGGAGGAUGAGCCUCUCCCGCUGACAGCCCAGCAGCAUCAGCGGCAACAUCAACAUCAGCAUCAACAGCAGGAGUAUGUAACCCCCUCUUGGUCCCUCUCCCCCUCCUCCUCCCCCAUCUCCCACUCUGAUGCCAGUGACUCAGAUGCAAGAGAUGAAGACAACACCAGCCCCCGUGGGCGCGCACAACGCCGUCGCAAAAAACGCCGCGGCACUCCUUCAAAGAAAAAGGUCCCCCAUCGGACCCCACCCGGUCAGCCACCGGCAGCCUCCUCCGCGGGCGCUCCUCAUUCCAGCUGUCCACUUCCUUCACCCCACCCCCUCGCACAGGCCUCCUCUCCUUGCACCUCCUCUUCAGGUAAGCCUGUGUUCAAAGCACCUGCUCCGCUGGGCUCCAACUCUUCCAGCAGCAUCAAUAUAAGCCCCCAAAGAGGAGGGGUGUCCAUAGACUCCAUGCGCCAAACCUGCGAGUACUGCGGGCGCCACUUCCGCUCUUUAGGCCGCCACUUAGACAAACACCAUGCCCACCAACCAGAGGUGUGCUCUGCCUUGGUAGAGCGCUACACACAGAUGCCCCGUCUCCACGCACAGAGCACACCCCUUAGCCCGGCUCACACACACACUCCACAGCACUCAAAGUUGUCUCACGGUGGGGCGCACAGCCGCUGUUCAGACCUUACACACAGCGGCGUCCAGGACCUCUCGAUGUCUCCGCCUACUCUCACAGCCGCUAACCAAUCCCUUGCCUCCUCUGGAAAAAGCUCCACCCCUCCUGUGCUGACUCCUCCGCGGGGUCAGAACGCAGUGCCGGUGUCCGUGCUGAAGAGGAGCCCGCCUCCUGUGGCGGUGUCGCAGUCCAGGAAAGGAGCGUCGAGGAGGUUUAAGAAAGAGAGAGCAGAAGAGGACGAGGAGGACGAGGAGGAAGAGAAUGACGACGAAGAAGACGUGGAGGUGGUGGAGGUGAAGCGGCACAAAGAGGAGGAGGAUAUUGAGGUGAUGAGCUCGCAGUCAUUCAGCAGAAGGUCAGCCAAAGAGAUGGUGCCACCAAAAGAGGAGGAGGAGGAGGAUGAAGAGGAAGAGGAGGAAAACGGAGUGAUGGAAGUAGAAGAUGAAAGUGGAGCAGAGGACAAAGAAAAAGACUUACUGAGGUAAUCUGAGUUAUUUGACAGCAAAUCUGAGAUAAUAGUCGUAACUAAUGACAAAUGAAAAAGAAGUAAUCGCUUCAUUUCUCUGUUUUUUUUUUCAGUGGUUCAGGGCGUCACCACCUGCUGCCCCUCCUCUCGUCCUUGUCUUCUCUGGUGUUGUACCUUCGCCGCCUGCAGCACUCGGCCUUCCUCUCCCUGUCACGGCAGCUUCAGUCUGCAGAGGCCUGGCGUCUCCUCUGCCACUCUAGCCUGGCCCUCCUCAUCCUCUACAACCGACGUCGUGAGUGCGAGGUCUCAAAGCUGUCCAUCGCCGAGUACCGCGCUCGAGUCACUCCCCAGUGCCCUGUCCCCGUUCCACCGGGAGCCCCACCAGCUCUGACUCCACUGGAGGCCUCGUUGUCCCCCUUCGAGCGCCUGGUGCUUCCUCACCUCCCUAGAGUUGGGGUCCAGGGUAAACGCGGUCGAGUCCAGCCCCUCAUCCUGCCCCCUCACUGCGAACCCUGCCUGGAGCUCCUCCUGCAGACACGACAGGAUGUGGGUGUGGAUCCAGCGAAUCCAUACGUCUUCGCCAGGCCCUACCACUCCCCUGCCACACCACUGAGAGGGACUGACCUCCUCCGGAGCCUUGCUCGCUCAAGCGGCACCCGUAAUCCCCGCGCUCUGACCCAGACCAGGGUCAGACGACAAGUAGCUAUUCUGACCCAGCUGCUACUUCUAGGAGAGGGAGAGGAGCCCGGGCAGCCUGGAGGCAGUGCUGUGGAGAGGUUGGAGCACUUCCUGGAGAGGGAGUAUCAUGUGACACAGAACUGCGCCGGGAUUGGCCAAGACCCAGGGCUGAUGGGUAGAGUGGGCCGGGUUGUGCUUUGUGGAGAGAGAGAUGGAGUGCUGUUCAGAGGGAUGAGCCUGAACCACAUCUGCCUGGAGCUGGAUGGUGAGUUAGAGAGUUGUCUGAGUGGGACUGAAGUGUUUUUCCUACAUGAGACGUCAUGGCUCCAUUUAUCAAUCAAUCAAUCAAUCAAUCAAUCAAAUUUUAUUUGUAUAAUUCACAACAGUCGUUAUCCCAAGAUGCUUUCCAAAGAAGAAGAGCAGGGUAGACCACACUCUUUGUUGAAUUAUCAAGACCUAACCUUAAGAUGGGACAGAUUUGACCCGUCUCAUCUAACAUGAGUGACAGUGGUGAGGAAAAACUUCCUUUUAACAGGCAGAAACCUUGAGCAGGACCAGACUCAUGUUAGACAGCCACCAGGCCGCUGCUGGGUUGAGGAGAAAUACAGAGAGACAGGGAGGGAGAGAGAGAAAGAAAAGGGAGUAGGAAGGAGAGAGAAAAGAGAACAAGUAAGAGAGAGAGCGAGAUGGGGGACGGCAGCAACACUAAGACAACAGUAACAACAACAACAGCUCAUACUGAGUUGUGGUUGCAGUGAAAGUAAUGAUGAAAUAAUAUGAAUUCAGUUGACAUUAAUGAUGUCAGAAGUCUGUUCAGAUACAGAUGAUCCCCCCCCUCCAAUUUUUGUGGAUGUUUUUCUGCGUGGAAUAGGAGUUCAGCAGCGUUCUGAUACGUUUUUUUCUUUCCCAGUUUGGAUGCUGGAUAUUUGAUUGUUGUUGACUGGUUCUUACUUUUUUUCUGACACCAGUGCAUUCAGAAGAUAUCAAAUAGAAAAGCACAGAUUUCUUGACUCUUUGGCAGCUUUUACUUACAUCACACCUUCUGGCAGCACUGGAGUAGCCAUGUUUACGUGGACACAAAUAAUCGGAAUAAAUGCCUGAUCGGAAUAAAAAUGCAUCAUGUAAACAUGUUGAUCGGAAGAUUCCGAUCCAAUUCGGCUCAAUCGGAAAGAAAUCGUAUUCCGAUCGAGAGGGGUGGUUUAUGCCGAUUGUUAUUCCGAAACGUGUCCAUGUAAACGCGUAUUCUGAUCGUGACUCUCUUACCUGACUCGUUCUUCACUCUUUUGCCUUUGGUUUAUUUAUUGAGACAGUACAGGAGGUUUCAUUAUUAACGCUCUGGCAUAAAACACAACCUGUAGGUACCAUGUCUUCUCCUUCGGUAACAUAAGGCAUACACACAGCGUAAUGAUGUCACAUCUGCACGCACAGUGAAACCUUUGACAGAACAGUAAAAUAAGUAAACAAGGGCGCCAUCUAGUGACAACAUUUAACAGGGAGAGAAUAUCAUGAAUUGGAUGGAGGGAGCCACUACUGCGUUUGUUAGUUUGUUGACAGCACAGGCGUCAGUACGACUCUUCUUCUGCGGUUGUUUUAGCGAAAUUGGACAACUCUGCGCAUGUCCAAAUGCUUCUAAUCUGAACCUUAUGAUCGGAUUAUUCGGUUUUGCACCCACAUAAACGGUGGAUUCAGAUUAUCCGAUCCCACAAAUUUUUAAUCAGAUCAAAAAACUUCGACCAUGUAAACGUGGCUACUGUUGUAUGUUAUUGUUACAUAACUAAAAUCACACACUUUUUGGAUUGUCAUAGUAAAUAACUCUUUCUUUCUUUCCUUCCCCUUCUUUCCAGUCAUGUCAGGAAACUCUGCAGACUCCUACUCAGAAGGAGAGUCUGAAGGAGAGGUGAAGGAGAAGCCUGAGCUGCCAGCCCCUGCACCUGCUCAGACCCCUACACCCACCCUGCUGUAUGUGAGGAAGGGCAAGAACAACGGGCGAGUGGGGCGACCCAAGAAGCUCAAGAAUGCCCAGCCGGCCCCUCCACCUCCUCCACCUCCACCUGCAAACCGCAGGAGAGGCUCAGGUCAGCCCACAUCAGGUUUGUUUGGGUUUGAAGGACAAGUGCAAUUUAGAGCUUUUUUACAUGUGAUGAGAUUGGGAAGUCUUUCAGGGUUUUAGGGGUCAUCAGGGGUCUGUCGGAGGUUUUACUGCCUUAAAAAAUGAUCUAAUUUUUUUCCUUCCUCUCGUAGGAAAGCGAGGUGUCCUGAAGCGACCCUGGUCCGAGGCCGAGCGCGCCGCAGUUGAAGAGCACCUGACCCAAAACAUCACAGAGCUCCGAGUACCCGCCAAGGCCGACUGCGAGCGCUGUCUGCAGCAGUGCCCCCUGCUGGUCAGCAACCACCGUGACUGGCGAGCCAUCAAGUUCUACUGCCACAACCGCAUCCAGCUGCUGAAGAAGAACCAGCGGCGUGAGAGUGAGCCCCUGCCCCUCACUGUCUGCUGAGUAGACGGCGAGUGUCAGGCCUGGCGUGAUUAGAGCAGACUCCCAAAUGGUACCGUGCUGACCAGGAAAUGCACAAAUUUCAAGAUGGUCCUAAAUUUCACUCCACUCUUCUUAAGCGUAGCUCGUUUUGACCGGAUUUAAUGUGACCCCCUCAUUGCAUUUUCAGUUGUACCAGAACAGAAAUUGGAAUAUGACUUUUUGCUGCUCUACUUUAAGGUCUUAAACUAUUACACUAAGAGUCUUUAUGGUGCUCCUGGUUUGAGGGUUGCACUUAAGUCUUGUCAAAAGCAGUGCAGUGGGCCGGGUGCUGUUUGAGACCGUGGCACUGUCGUGUUCUGUUAUAUAAGGACAUUUCUUUUUCCUCUCCUUCCAAAAUGGAUACACUAAAACUGAAAUGUGAAAAGGGAGGGUGAGCCUUUCAGUGUUGUUAUAUGAACGUCGUGAAGUAGCAUUAGUGUUUCAUGCACUCUGAGACGCUAUAGGACAAAUGGCCCAUCAUAGGGCCACACUUUUCUUACUAGUGGCUAUAUAUAUAUGUAAGUAGAGUAGGAAUAACUACUGCUAACUGUAGAAGAACAGCCAGACCUAUCCUCAAACAAGCUAGUUCUUCUUUUCAUACACCUGACCGUGCAAUUCUGACUAUAGUUUCAUUAUAUUUGGACCUUAAGUUACAUGUGAGGUACUCUGAAUGAGCUCUUUUGCAGUUUCUAUGAAGUUUUUUUCUUUUUCAUAUCUGAGUUAUCUUCCACAAAAACAAAGAAUUUUCCAGACGGGGAGUUGUGGGUUUAAUGAAAGAGACAAUUAAAAGGCCUCUGAAUGUUGUGAAGUUACCUAAGAUGUUAAGUUAAAUGUUAAAGUCCAGAAAUAUGAGAACUGUCCCUAAAUCUGUUCGUUGGACUUUAGAAAAUGUCAACACUUACUAUUUUCCUACGAGGAAUGGUAUGUUUUCAUUUCAUAUUGUUUGUAGAUUUUUUGCUCAUCAGCCUGUUGCACAUUUGAGCAGUAAAGAAGGUGCUACAGGCCUAUAAGCUGGAUAUCACUUUAUGUGUGGAGAGGAGGUUUCCUACAGUUUGUGUUCAAAGUUUCCCUAAAAAGUGGGCAUUUAUCAGUGAUUGUUCUGUCUUUCCACUUUUGUUGCAUCGUCUGUGUUGUUGUCCAUUUCCCAGACGGCUAGAGCACCUCUCCCUUUCCCCUCAUCACACUACAUGGUUUGCAGCUCGACCAGAUUUUGAGUUUCCCCUAAAGUUGCUGAAAAUCUGCGUCCAUAGGACUCAAAACCUCCACGAAACCUCAAGACAGAUACUUGAAGCAAUUUAAACCUUUUUUUUUCCACAAUCUUUUGUUCUUUCUUGCUCUAGCGUUGCCAGUUACAUUGUACAUAAAACAAAUAUAUUAUCAUAUGCUAACUGGUCGUUUGUGCUAGACUAUAUGUAGCUUUUUUCCAUUACUGAGUUAUUGCUAUUUGUACAUAAGCCUGUUUGUAAAUACUCUUCAGAGAAACAAAGGAAAAAACACAUUGUAUGACAUGCCUUGGUAAUUGUGUUGUUUUUUCUUUUUUAUAAGUCUUAUAAAAAUUUAAACUAU